AAGAACAUUGUGUCUCUAUACAUUGACACGAUGAAGGGAGGGGCCGCUGCUGCAAAACACCCAGGCAGAAUGAAUGCAAAGAGCCAAAAGAACACUUCCUGUUGAUGCAAAAAAAAAAUUGCAGCAGCAACUGUCUGACACAUCUGGAGCGGGGGGGAGGCCUGGUUGUAGCGCUAGCAGACUGCGGAGGGGAAUGGACCACGUUUAAUGUCUAACUGGAACACGGUGGCCGACAAGCUGGAAAAAUAUAUCCAAGACAUGGACGACGGCAGAUACAUCGAGUUUGAUGUGCCGGAGUUCAGCAACACUGUUCUGACCCAGCUCAAUGAGCUGCGCUUGCAGGGGAAGCUAUGUGACAUCAUCGUUCACAUUCAGGGCCAGCCCUUUCGUGCCCACAAGGCGGUGCUGGCAGCAAGUUCACCCUACUUUCGUGACCACUCCUCCCUCAGCACGAUGAGUGGGCUUUCAAUCUCUGUCAUCAAAAGCCCAGAGGUGUUUGAGCAACUCCUAGCAUUCUGCUAUACAGGUCACAUGUCUUUACAGCUCAAAGAUAUAAUCAGCUUCCUCACUGCUGCCAGCUUCCUGCAGAUGCAAGCCAUUAUUGACAAAUGCACCCAAAUUCUUGAGAGCAUCCACUCCAAAAUCAGCAUUCCAGUCAGUGUCUGCAGCCCAGAGAAGGAUGAGUCAGAGGCCAACCGUGAUCGAGUCAAGGACAGCAACCUCUUCGUGAACCCUACCCAGAUCUCCCCCCCUUAUUAUCCCCGGCAGAGUCAAGCGGGACAAGAACCACGUUUGGAACUGGCUGGAAAGAGCCUCACCCGCGGGCGACAACAAGAGGAAGGCCAGUCGGACAGAGGCAGCAGCGAUGGCGUAUCAGAGCAUGACACCCCCAUGGAAGGAGAAAUUGAGCAAGUGGAACUGAUCGGCAAAGAUGGACAAGUAACUGACGUGCAUGUGAAGGUAGAGAAGACGGAGAGGCCCACCUAUUCUGAUAGUUCCUCGGCUGGCGAUGAUGGCUACCACACAGAGCUCGUGGAUGGCGAGCAGGUUUUGGCGGUGACUGUGGGUUCUUACGGUCCGGUCUUCCAGUCUUCUACGUAUUCCUACUCAGGGCUUUCAUCUCCCUACUUGGUCAAUUUAAACAGCUCCAGUCCGUCACGCUCCAUACUCAGCGGGUUCCGAGGUGGAAGAGCUAAGGCGAAGCGCCCCCUCGCCAUUCCCGCGGGGGCUCUGAGUCACAUCAAGCCAGAUGACGGCGAAUCAGCCGUGGGACCCACAGGGUUGGAGAACGAUGUGCGAGAGCGUAGUCUACGAAGCCAGUGGUACCCUUACAAUGAAAGACUUAUUUGCAUCUACUGUGGUAAGACCUUCAAUCAGAAAGGGAGUUUAGACCGCCACAUGCGCCUGCACAUGGGAAUUACCCCGUUUGUCUGUAAGUUUUGCGGCAAGAAGUACACCAGGAAAGACCAGCUGGAAUAUCACAUCCGUGGCCACACAGACAACAAGCCCUUUCCCUGUCAGAUCUGUGGGAAGUGCUUCCCGUUUCAGGGCACCCUAAACCAGCACCUGAGGAAGAAGCACAUGGGCGCGUCGGAGAGCAGCAGUCUCGUUGACUUUGCGGAUAGGACGGAGGAAGGAUCGGAUCAGAAGGACCAAGAGGAGGCGUCUGAGGGGAUGUUGGCCUUCGAGACGCAGUACGCAGAGGAGGCGCCAGCUGACGACAUGGAGGAGAGUUCAAAAUGCAGUCCAGAAGAAGCUCAAGCGUCCAGAUGUAAUUUUUAGUUUCGCUUCAGGUCAAGAAGCUUUAAAAUCUUGAAUUCAACUCGACUUCGAAGACUUUUUUAAUCAACUCCCACUAGUCUGGAUGUUUCUCGCAUCAAGCAUUUCUGUUGGCUUUCGUGUUGGGGCUUUAUGGAGUAAUGGGUGCUUUGUAGUAAAAUGAUUCUUUUGAGCAAAGGGAGUUAUUUCGGGAGCUACACUUACUAUUUUGAGGUGGUCUCAAUAAUCAAGGCCCCUUAAUGAUUCUCUUUCUAUCUUUCCAUGUUUUUUAAAAAACAUAUUUACAGAGUUAUAUAGGCAUGUUGCAAUAAUUGAUAAUGUGAAAGCUCUGGAAAGAUGCUUGUCAUAUCACCUUUAUACCUGACCUGUUUUUGCACAUAUGGCCACAGGAGGUCACUUACUCACAAGGAAUGAUUUUUCUGCCAGUGCAAAGCUUUGUGUGACAUCCGUUCAAUACCUCAUGACACAACAACACACUCAUAAUAGACAGUAUUUUAACUUAAAAUAUACCGGGUUCUACCUCACAGCCAAGAACCUACGACACAUGCUACCAUUCAAAUCUGUUUUCACUUAAAUGCGCAGUAACUGUUUGCCAAAACCCUGAAAGAAAAUCGCAUCGCAUAACAAUGACUUCUUGAAACAAUGUUUCCUGAGCAGGCGAUUUAUAAAACGCUUUGUUCGGAAGGUGUACAAUCCGCCUUUUUUUAUUUUCAUUACCGUUGCUAUCGGAAGAGGAAAGAAUGGUCUUCUUGCCAACCUCAGCGAGAAUUGUCUUUUCUGCGAAACACUGAAAGUUUUACCUCACAUUGCCACUACAGGUUUCAAUCGGUUUUCUGUGCUUGGUUUUCUUUCAUGCCUUCAUACAUUUCUGUACUCAUUUGGCAAACGUCUACCGAACCAAGAGUGACUUGUUUUGUCCUGAAGUGGAAGCAUUAAGUUAAAACUCGCUGUCUAGCAGACAUACUCAUUACCUCAGCACAGCAAGGGCUGUGCGAUGCGACCAGCAAUUUUAUGUUCAGCGUGGAGUUCACUGCACAGCACACAUCUGUAAAUUUCAUGGCAAGUGUAUACAAGGCCAUUAAUGGAACUCCAUCUGUUACUUAACUUUUUACUGCCUUUUUUUUUUCUUCUAAAGAUCAUACUAGUGUUUUCUUGACUGAAGCACUUAGGCUGUUGUGGCUCCACGUUUUUGUGCGAACCAUGUGGCGAGUCGCUCUGUCUCGAUGUGCCGGAUCUCAGCAGAACACCAUGAAUGACCUUUGCAGAUUUGGUUAAGUUACACUGUCAUAUCACACAGCCCUUACAUGAAAUGGAUCUCUUCUCGUGUCACACUUUUCUGGAGUCAAUAUGCAAACAGCACGAACAAAGGAAACUCGGCCAUUUUCAACGGUUUUCUUACGUUGUUCUCCACUGUUGUCUCUUUUUUUGUCCUCUUCCUUUUUGUUUGGAUUGUGAUCUUUGCUCUCUGCAUGGGUUGCAGUUAAUCACUGACUUGGAACAUGUCUUUCCUUUAUAUUGUUCUUUGUACUGCAAGGUAAAAACGCAGAGUAGUUUUUAUAGGUGGAUUUGGUUAGAACUUGUUGAUCCAAAGUAUUCAUGCACUUUGCAGAGAUAGGUGGUUGGGAUUGGUGUUUUGUUUCCCCCUUGUUGAACGUUCAUUGUGAAGUUUUGUCUUGACCUAUGUUUUAUAUGACAAUUAGACCGCAAGUCUUUUCAAUUUGGAAAGUUGUUCGCGGAAAAAAAAACAACGCCAUUGACCAUCCUAAGGAAAGAUUCCGGAAACCGGAGGGCACUUCGACGACACAGUUGAUCUAAAAGGAUAGAAAUAGAAUCAGUUUCACCUGUUGGAAUAUGAAGAGUAGAAUAUUAUUGAGAAGCCCAGCAGCCAUUUUUGCCCCUGGCAUCCUAUUUGCAGUCCGUCUGUUGAAUGCCUUUCUUAGACAGCAGCUAGUGCUGCCCACUGGUGUACUGUUUUUUUUGGCAAGUCAGCUAGCAUUACCUUCACCAUCAGUCACGACUUAAGUAAUUGGAAAACAUAUUAGUUGUGUAAAAGUGUUUGGUUAACGGUAAAAUUGUCUAACAACAGUAUUGUACCAACACUCUACGCCAAAGAUUAGCGGGCGAUCGCUGCGCUGGGUUUUGACAGAUGAACUCCAUAUUAUAAAGACAUUCAGCGCUCUCUACAAGGAAUGACGUUGUCGUUCCGAGCUUAAAACAAUCACUGGUGUUAGAUUUGAACAUAUAGAACAGAGGGCACAAUGUCAGAAUUAGCAUAAGUAACAAGCCAUAAAAUGACUGCUGACGAUAUUAAAGUUGUGCAAUAGGUGUUGUAAUUGUAUAAAGCCAAUGUGUAAACGAUAGAAAUAAAAUAUAGAGAGCUUUGCAACAGUGGCAUCUUCAACUCAGUGCCUUGCCACGAGCUUUACAUUUGAACAUUUGGCACUUUCUGUGCUCCAUUUUCUUUUAUUUGUAACGGAUCGAAUGCGGAGUUUGUGUUGCGAGUUGAGCCACAUUUAUUGUUGAGUGGCGCCAAAUUAUGUCAUAUAUAUAUAUGUGCAUUUUGUAUUUUUAUCGGUCCCUGCCUUUUUUUUUUUAUUUUUUUUAAAUCACAGCUGUUUUUGUGAUCAUAUAGAUUACAAUCAAAAGGCGGAGUCUUAUGUCCUCCACGUUCACAGAGGAUACUGUAUCCCUCUUCUCUAACCACUGAGGACAAUCUGAGCUACGUACUGUAUUUUAGGAUAUUUCGAUGAAGGAAGGAGACGCAUGAGAAAGGCAGAUCUGCUUCCUCGCUCAGAGCUUCUGGCUAGCAAACAGCUGCGGGGGAAUUUAGCGGAUUAUAACCGACCGUUUGAGCAAAGAAGAAAAAAAAAAAAGAAGAAAUGGGGUAAAACAAGGCCACAUAUAGAAGCUAAAUUGCACAUUGUUCAACCAUAAAUUGUAUAAAUUGCCAAUGGAUACUUUUCUUCAUUUUGUGUCAUUGUUUGUGCAUUUACAGUUUUUGUCGAUAAGAAUUCCAUCCGAAAAGGUCUUCUGUAAGGGGUUCACUUGAGGCCUCACCUCACUAUAUAUGGGACCUUUUCCCUUGAAAUGGUGCUGUUUUAAGUUUUUUUUUUCCCUGAUAUCUUGGAAUUUUAAGUCAAUAUAUUCGUUGUAGGUGAUUGGGGAGUACUAGUUGAGCUUUUCAUAGAACUAUAGUGAAUUAAGAAGUCACACUCACUUUUUUUCAUGCUUUUAGAGGAACAGUUCGGCUUCAUAAGGCUUUGGUUUUGAAAGCGCCCCUCAUGGUGAAACCAUAUUUUCCUAAAGUGGAUUAUUAGGGAAUGUUUUGAAAACCAUUUGAAGUAUGUCUGUCCAUUUUUGGGCCUUAGUCCUGGCAGUCUAAUGUUUUGUUUUCAGCACAUUGGCUGUGAUAAAAAGUGAUUGAUGGAAAAGUGAUUUGGCGUCGGUCGUAGAGGGCUCUGUCGUAUCAAAGUCGCCGAUGUGCGAGCUAUUGGGUUGCCAAAAUGGUGGGCAAUGUUCUGACCGCUUUAAAGCUUUCAGCAUGCUUUUCUUAUGAGCGCUUUCGAGUCGAGAUCCGUCGAGGCCAACUUCAACCCACCUGCAGUGUUUACAGGGAAAGCUGUCAGACUACUUUGUGAAAUUGCAGCUCGCCCUUUUCCUCUUAAACGCUUUUCAGGUAGUUUACGAACACUGAUAAAGGCUUCGGUAAAAUCUCAAGUCUUCCAUUGCCUGUCUGACAGUUUCUGCCCACUGUGUGUUUUAAAAAGCAAUAACAUUUUUUUGGAGUAUUGGAAUUAAUAGGUUUAUUGAAAUAUCGGCCUGUGGUAUAUAUAAAUAUGUAUCCGACAAACUGAACGUCAGGGAGCUGAAUCGAAAUAAAACCAGGACGAUUUGAUACAGACUUUUCUUCCGUUGGACUUUUUCAGAAACUUUGAGCAGGUUCCUCCUCCGAUUUAAUAAAAAAAAAAAAAAGAAUGACACCUUGUUAUGAAUUUCCAAACUGUUGUUGCUUUAGCGGUGAUCACCACAAACCAGUGGCAGUAGGUGAAAUGCAGCACAACCACUGAGCGAGUGGCUCAGUUCCCGACUCGCUGUUCAGAGGUGCACCUCCAGCUGUUUCAACUAUCGAAAGGGAUUUUCUUUGGGCUGUUAUAGCCGCUGUUUUGGCGGGGUUUGCCGGGGCCGUCUGCUGUCGCGGUGAGGUUUGCCGUCCGUCCGGAGUUCAGACUGUAGUCGUAGCUGUUCAGGAUCAAAAGAAAGAGGUUUUCAAUUUUGAUAUUGUUCCUUUUUCUGUUACAACUCACUCCUCCUUCACUACUAGUCUAGACUCAAGCUCAUGUAUCUGGUGACACGGCAAAAAAGACAACCUAGAUCUCAGGGUAUCUUGUGUUCAAAUGGUCUCACUGGACAUCUACAUGUCCUUGCUAGUAUAAUCAUGCACUUCUCUUCAGGUGGGGAAACGUCCUCAGUCAGUAGUUUCCAAACAUUCUGCCUCAAGGUCUCGAUGAGCCAAUAUAUCCCCCAGAGCUAAAGCUUGGAGAAGCACUAACUGACCACAAACUGACCCGUGACAGCAGAUUCACCCCCAAACACCCCCUUUUUUUUUUUUUUUUUUUGUCCACACCUACACACAACCUCACAACCCAACUGUGAACCUCAGAACUCUACUGUUUUGUACAACUAUGAAGUAAAUGAAGCUAGCUAGAGCUGAUGUAUCUAUUGCCAUUUAUGAGUUUAUUUUAUAGCAUGAAAUUUAAAAAAAUAUAUUUAUUCAAAUUAUAUAUUUUACUCAUAAUCAUUCUGUGCAGCUUCAUUUUGGUUCUUAUGCUUGUAAAUUGCUUUUUUAUGAAAUAAUGACAAUGUCAACAGAAU